GUCUGGAGAGUGUGACUUCUCUGGUGUGUGUACACACAUACUCUGUCUUGCUUUUUCGUCGUUGCAACCAGCAGACUUGUCACCCGACAACGACGGCCGCGGGAAUGGCGUCUCCCGUGGUAGAGAGCCGCAUCGAGCCUCACAAGAAGGCGCACUUCACCCUCCAUCUCAGCGACCGCAUACGGAACAACGAUGAUGCGGUCGAGUACAGCAGUGUAAAAUACAAUCACAAGCCUUCACAGACAUCCGACAAUCGUUCUACGACACUCUCGGCCCCUUCAUCGACAAACACCUGUAGCCUGCGCAUCGAUGACACGAGCGAAUCUGGCGACCAGGAUGUCUUCACCUUCACGGGGCAAAAGUCACAGCCAAAGAAGUCAUACGUCCUCAUCUUGGAUCCCGCCAGCCAGCAAGCAACCCUAGAGCCGCUCUCGAGUAGCUACACCUUCAAUCUUGCCACAAGGAACGGCAAAGACAUAUCGUCACAGCACGCCAAAAUAUAUCCCAAGAAACUCAAGGAUGAUGCGCAAGACAAAGACCAGGACGACGACUUGUUUGGCGAGGCGGCUGCAGACGACGAGGGAGGUGAUCCUGACCCCGACAACCCCUAUGAUUUCAGGCACUUUUUGAGCAAGGAAAAGGCGAAGAGAGGGGACGAGUCCGACUACCGCUAUGCAUCAUCGCCAGAGCACCGAGCCGGCACAGGCAGCGCGGCUCAUACACCGCAAUUUGGGGCUCGCGCGCCCCCCGCUGCUGCUCCCGUGCGGAAGCCCGCUGCAGCUGCUGCGCCCAAGAAGCGCAAGACUACGACCACAAACCCUAUGGUGAAGCCCAAAAAGGCUCAGCCACCACCGGCCGUCCGUCUUCAACGUACAGCAACAGAACCUGCCGCCAAGCCAAAGGGCAAAUCCACCGCACCACCCGCCUCCAAGAUCAAAUCUGCCGAGGUGAUACACUCAUCCGACGAGUCCGACGGCGAAAUUGCAUCCUCGCCAGCGCCCCCAUCCCUGGCGCCUGAACAAAACCAGCGGCACCACCACGACCAAGAUGAGGCAGAGGAUGAAUCAGAUGACGACGGCGGUCUCGAAAUCGAAGUACCCGAUGCGCGCCCACCACGGCGCAAGAACGGCGCAUUGGCAGCUCGCAGUCUGGGCCACAACCUUGGUGCUGGAUAUAUGCGUUCGCCAUCCAAUGGCCCCAUAUCUCUUGCCAGCGCAGCCAACAGCGACGUAGAGGGCUCUCCUAACCCACACGCACGCAACCGGAACACACAGGAUGAGAUUGACUUUGGUGAUUUGGGCGGUGAUGAUGCUGAAGGCGACGAUGACGAUGAGGAAGAAGAGGAUGCAGAAGAGUACGAGUACAAUGACAGAGACGUCGAGCCCAUGGAUAUUGGACCUCCUGUACAGCCAGAUACGACCAGUCACGACCACAAACACGGCGCAAUUGCAGAAAUUCCCGCCGAUGAUGACGAAGACGAUCUAGAAGAGUUGAUGAGGAGAGGACUGGAAGGUGGAGAUAGUAGUGAAGAAAGCGAAGAGGAGUGAAAAUCACGCUCUGCUUUCCAUUCAUCUAUUCUAACCUCAGCGCCCGACCAAAGACGAUGUGCGACCAAGAAGUCGCAACCAGUCAAGCUACAGGAGAUGAUGGGACUGACCCGCCAUGGUACAUCUUAUGGAUAUUCCGUUUCAUCCAUCUUCUCCAUAUACAAGCGAAGAAUCUCGGGAUGACAGGCCUUGCGCAGGCACAAAUGGCUGCAUGAGCAGUGACCCUUAUUUUCUUGGCUAUUGAAAUGAUGACGGGUCCUGCCGUGUUGCGGGCAGAUAGACUGCAUAACCAUGCACUUAAUGAUAACAUAUGAACUCAGACCUUGUAUAACUCAAUGAACUACUCCAGUCUAAAAAUAGCAAGCCCACGCGUUCGGUCAUCACAUGCAUAUUUGC